AAGAAAAAAUAAAAAGGAAGAACACUGAAUUAACGGAUAAAACACUAGCUUCCCUCGUUAUCCCCUUAGCCUCUCUUUCUCGGAAUCCAAAAGAAUGGCCACCAUCACCACCACUACAGCUACUCUUUCCUUCCACUCCCACAACCCUGUCAAAACUCUACCAUCAUUCUCUCUCUCAAAUAUCCCUUUCUCCAUUUCCAAGCCCAAUUUCACUUCCUUCACCAAUUUGUCUCUUUCAAUUCCUGCCUCUAAAUCAAACAAUGCGAACAGCCCUCUCAACGGAUACAGUCGCUUCUCUUGCAACUGCAUCUCCACAGCCACCCCCAACACAAAUUACGAGUUUUCUGAUAGUUCUUCAGAAGUGGAAUUGAGAUUAUCACUUGUGGGACUAGAUAUUCAAAGUUCCAGAGAUAUAUUCGUGGAUGCAGAUGGCACCUCCUUAGUAGUCCAAGUACAGCACUCUGGGUCUCAUAUCACACUUAUAGAAACUAAUAAGAUGUUCGAGAAAAUAAAGCCUGCUGAAACAAUAUGGUUCAUAGAUGAUGAUCAACUUGUUAUCAACAUGAAGAAGCAAGACCCAGAUUUGAAAUGGCCUGACAUUGUGGAGUCAUGGGAAUCCUUGACAGCAGGAUCUAUGCAACUCCUGAAAGGGGCAUCAAUCUUCCUUGUUGGUGAUUCAACUGAAAUUAACCAAAAAGUGGCUCGAGAACUUGCUGCUGGUCUUGGGUACACGCCACUUGAUACACAGGAGUUGCUAGAAACAUUUGCUAAGCAAACAAUUGAUUCAUGGGUGCUUGCUGAAGGCUCUGACUCUGUAGCUGAAGCAGAAUGUGCUAUAUUAGAAAGCUUGAGUAGUCAUGUACGUGCUGUUGUUUCAACAUUAGGAGGGAAGCAGGGAGCUGCUGGAAAGGCUUCUAAAUGGCAGCAUCUUUAUGCAGGGUUCACUGUCUGGUUGUCACAGACCGAAGCCUUAGAUGAGGAUUCAGCUAAAGAGGAGGCUAGAAAGAAUGUUAAAGAUCGCAGUGUAGCAUACUCAAAUGCUGAUGUUGUUGUCAAGCUCCAGGGUUGGGAUUCUGAUCAUGCCAAAAGUGUUGCUCAGGCAUCCUUGAGUGCUCUCAAGCAGUUGAUUCUGUCUGACAAGGAACUUCCAGGUAAGAAGAGCCUUUAUAUAAGGUUAGGAUGUCGUGGGGAUUGGCCAAACAUCAAGCCUCCCGGUUGGGAUCCAUCAAAUGAAGCUGAAUCGAUCUCCUAGCAUGUGGCAGAUCCGAUGUUGUAGAGGGAGAGGAUUGUUGAAUGCCAAUCUUUUUGGCACCAUUUCAUGGCUGGUAAUUACCAUGUUGUCUUUACACAAUUCUUUCAAGGAAUUUAUUCAGUAGCCGUUGUUGCAGCAAGCAACUACCUGUUCAUUGUGUCAUCACAAGUAGAGAAAUUGGUGAACAGAGUGCAAGGAAGUAAAACUAGUAAAGUAUUUUAGAUUUUAUCCCUUUACAAAACCUAGCUGGGAGCCUGACACCCGUAUUCGUUCUGUGCA